AGAGAACAAACUUUUAGUUGUGUUAUGAUAAUUUGUAAACCAGCACUUUUCUAGACGCCAUCCGGUCUUUGCGAAACCCAGCGAGGUGGCAUGUGGGCACCUUUUACAGAUAAGAAUUCCGAUGCUCAAAAUUUUAGAUAUUUAAGUUUUGCACCAGGUGGUAGGACGGGGUCAAGCCUGAGUGUCUGACAACAACCUAGUGCUGUUUUUCGUUUUCUCACAUUUUUUUGUCUUUGAUGGUUAAUUGCCCCACCCACCUCCACCCCAUCAUUCGUCUCUCAAAUCUCACCUCUGACCAGAAGGUCAUGAACGACUGGAUGCCCAUCGCCAAGGAGUAUGACCCGCUCAAAGCCGGGAGCAUCGACGGCACGGACGAGGACCCGCACGACCGCGCCGUGUGGAGGGCCAUGCUGGCGCGCUACGUGCCCAACCGGGGCGUCACCGGGGACCCGCUGCUCACGCUCUUCGUGGCCCGGCUGAACCUGCAGACCAAGGAGGACAAGCUCCGCGAGGUCUUCUCGCGCUACGGGGACAUCCGGCGGCUGCGGCUGGUGCGCGACCUGGUGACGGGCUUCUCCAAGGGCUACGCCUUCGUGGAGUUCCGCGAGGAGCGCGCGCUGCUGCGCGCCUACCGCGACGCCGACGGGCUGCUGGUGGACCAGCACGAGAUCUUCGUGGACUACGAGCUGGAGCGCACGCUGCGCGGCUGGGUCCCGCGGCGCCUGGGCGGCGGCCUGGGCGGCAAGAAGGAGUCGGGCCAGCUGCGCUUCGGCGGCCGCGACAGGCCCUUCCGCAAGCCCAUCAGCCUGCCGGCCGCCAAGGGCGACCCGCACCGCGAGCCCCGGCGCGAGCGCAGGGAGCGGUCGCGGUCCCGCGAGCGGCACUGGGACUCCAGGGCCCGGGACCACGAGCGCGGCCGCGAGAAGAGGUGGCCGGAGCGGGAGCCGGCCAGGGCGUGGCCCGAGGGCGACUGGGAGCGGGAGCGGGAGGACAGGCCCAAGGGCCGGGAGAAGAGGGACAGGAGCAAGUAGGGGCAGGCGUGCGCGGGCGGCGUGGAUGGCGCGGUGAGGCCUCCGGAGGGCGAUGGAGCCAGCCGUGCUCGAGGCCGCGGCCCGGGUUAGGGGGCUCCGCACGCCUUCGCCGCCCCAGCCCGCGGGCUUUGGUUCUGGCCCUGCUGCGAGUGGAGCCCACGGCCGCCCUGUGCCCGGGAAGCGCCCACAUGCCCGGCCCGGCCCCGCGGGGAAGCGUCUGUCCCCGCGGCGUUUGCACAGAAGGCGCCUGGUGAGGGCCACCUCUCUGCCCGCGUGGGCCUGUAGAGAAUUUGUCUUUCUAUCCUUCGAAAUGUUUCUUUAAAAAAAAAAAACAAAACAAAACAAAACAUUUUUAGUUGUAGAUGGCCGCCAAGGUCCUGUCUCACAAAACAAGACAGCCGAGCGAGAAACCAGACUGGGGGGCGUCCCUAGUAACACGCUUGACACACACGACGGGCUCAAAGGGAUGGGGCCCAGUGAGCCACAGAGAAUGGCUGAUUUAACACCAGCACCAUCUGGGCUGCCACUGGCCACUCUCGGAUGUCAACUCUAGUGCAAAAUGCUGACUGUCUUUUUUCGCUUUUCUGGCUGGCGUUUAAAAUUAAACAUGGUGUCUCACGGCGGUGA